GCAUACCGCAGUGCUGAGCCGCAGUGUGUGUGUGUGUGUGUUUGUACACGAAUGUGUGUUGAUGUGUGUCUCAGCUGGCCAGACGGAAAAUGCGCCUGCAUUGGCUGCUGCUACUCCACACUGUAAGAGGAGAGAACAGAGAGCAGAUCAGGGACAACACAGAGAGAGAGGAAACAGGAGGGAGAGUAUGGCCCUCGCCAAAUAAAGCCAUGGGGGCCUGGGGUGGGAUGGCCCUUACCACACUAUAAAUACGCUGGGCUUCUGCCGAUUCGGGUUUGGUGCCUGGAGCUGUGUAGCAGCAAGCGCACCGGCCCAGCUCAGGAGAAUCUCAUCCACAGUCAGGCCUUCAGCCAUGCCCCGAGUGGACGCCGACCUCAAGCUGGACUUUAAAGAUGUCCUGGUGAGACCAAAGAGGAGCAGCCUAAAGAGCAGGUCUGAGGUGGACCUGCAGAGGACUUUCACAUUCCGCAACUCAAAGCAGACCUACAAUGGCAUCCCAAUCAUCGCCGCUAACAUGGACACCACAGGUACUUUUGAGAUGGCCCAGGUAAUGAGCAAGCACACACUCUUCACCGCCAUCCACAAGCAUUACACUCUGGAAGAAUGGAAGACAUUUGCAUCCAAUCAUCCAGAGUGCCUAGAGCAUGUGGCUGCGAGCUCAGGCAGUGGGCAGGCAGAUCUGGAGAAACUGUGCAACAUUCUGGAAGCCAUUCCACUUAUUAAGUACAUCUGCCUCGAUGUGGCCAAUGGAUAUUCCGAGCACUUUGUGGAGUUUGUCAAAACAGUCCGGGGGAAGUUCCCUAACCACACCAUCAUGGCUGGAAAUGUGGUGACAGGAGAGAUGGUGGAGGAGCUCAUCCUGUCUGGAGCCGACAUCAUCAAAGUUGGCAUCGGACCAGGGUCCGUAUGCACCACACGCAUCAAGACUGGAGUGGGCUACCCUCAAUUAAGUGCUGUCAUUGAGUGUGCAGACUCUGCUCAUGGACUAAAAGGACACAUCAUCUCUGAUGGAGGCUGCAGUUGCCCGGGAGAUGUUGCGAAAGCCUUUGGAGCAGGGGCAGAUUUCGUCAUGCUAGGAGGAAUGCUAGCAGGGCAUGAUCAGUGCGCCGGUGAAGUCAUUGAAAAGGAUGGAAAGAAGUUUAAGCUGUUCUAUGGCAUGAGCUCAGACACAGCCAUGAAGAAAUAUGUUGGUGGUGUGGCGGAAUACAGGGCGUCUGAAGGCCGGACCGUGCAGGUGCCAUAUAGGGGUGAUAUGGAGAACACUAUCAGAGACAUCCUGGGUGGUCUGCGGUCCACUUGCACAUACGUAGGAGCAGCCAAACUCAAAGAGCUCAGCCGCAGGACCACAUUCAUCAGAGUUACACAGCAAUCGAGCCAAAUGUUCACCUAAAGCCAUAAAGUACUUCUAGACACGUAGAAAUCAAACAAACUUAGUGCUCCGAGCAGUAGAGAGACAUAUUUAUACACGCAACAGUACCUCAUUGGGUCAGAUUCAUGCAUGUACCUAGGGUACAUGCGGACGCUGACUUCAUAUACAUGUAUUUCAUAAAGUCACACAAUCUUGAAACAAAAUGGCAGAGAUUUUUUUUCUUUUUUUUCGCUCAGGAGCCAUGCCUGUAGUGCUUGACAGAACAGCUCAUUUACAGCACAAGCAUGAUUCAGCCUGUUGUUAAUAUAAGCCUUUAAGUAUAGACGGUGCAGUGAUGAUGAGGUUCCAAGUAUGAAGGAGAAUGAAUCCAGCCUCAACAAAUUAGCCUUUGGGAAAAGAGAUUUGUAAAUUUAGUCAUUAAAACUAUGCAACUGUGCUACCACUAAAAGGAUAUAAGCCAGCAUGAGGCACAAGGUGAAUACAUAAAAAGUUUUCAUCAUACCAUAAGAAUACUCUGUUGCACAUGCAAAAGUGUUUUUGUGUGUUUUUUUAUUUCUGAGUGUGCUAAUUUUGGUGUAUGGUGUAACGGUGACUGGAUCAGAACAGAGACUGGUGCAUAACAUACUGUACUAUUUCUGUUGACCUGCCUGCUUCUUGAAUGUACACUGGUUUUUGGCGGGAUGUAGCUUCAGACCAGAGGAAUGUGAAAGGCCAUGGUGCCUAAUGUCCUGUUCACUUAGUGUCACACUGUAACUCGGAGUAAUAAAGGGAUAUAAAUAAACUGUUUGAGUACAUCUUCA